AUGAAACCGAAACAGGAUAACGUGUUUCGUGUUUAUCUGUGCAAAAAAGGUGACAAGAAAUGUAAAGGAAGGAGGUGUGACGUCAUAUUGAGUAGUAAGGAUCUUCCUGGAUUAUGUUUGGGUAAUAUAUUAGAGAUCUCACCAUCGCUGGAUCAGCGGUUUUACGUACAGCAUUUACAUGAAGAUGUGGAAAGUGGGGCAUAUAGAGAAAGACGUAUUUAUAUUGAGAAAGCCAUUGCCGAUAUGUUUUCACUUUCUCAAAACCAAUAUGUUACAGUCAAAAUCGUCGAGAAGGAAGAGGUAGUGUUGGAUAACAUCGAGAUCACUAUAAAAGAACGUUAUGUUAGUCGAUCCGAUAUGUGGCGCUAUCGGGAUUGCCUUAUUGACACAUGUGCCUAUAUUGGAAAGAAAGUGGAGUGGUUGCUCAUCCCAUCAACCGUUAUUAGUCUUUGGGCAAAGGGUGAAGUUGUUAGAAGUGGUUACAUAUCAAAGGAUACACGUGUAGUGUUUCGUUCAGCAAGUGCUAUGAUGCUGGUAUAUGUUCAAAUGAGUUCAGAAAUGUGGGAUUUUGAUCCAUAUGGUGAUCUUUAUUUCGAAAAAUGUGUUAAUGGUUUUUUUCCACAACUAUUUGAACAAUGGAAUAAACAUCAUUGCGCACAUUCGAUAACAUUUGUUGUCACUUCAAGAUGGUACUUUAAAGAAGAGGUUUUGAACGAUGAAAUGAAAGAGAAACUGAGUAUAGAUUACAGAGGAAAAUAUUACGAGGAUUUUUAUCGAAUUAUCGUGCAAAAUGAACAUUACGAUGAUUGGGAGCAUGCUGUUUUAUCGAAGUUACGAUUGGUCUUCAAUACGUACAAAACUACCGUAAAGGAGUUCAUCUGCAAGCAAUUAAAUAUGGAUGCAAAAGAAAAAGAACUUGCUGUGCUUUCAACGGCUGCUGAUGGUAAUUUUCUGCAAGUCCUCAAUUUAUCCAUGAAUGAAUUUAGUGCUUGCUUUACCAAUUGUCGUUUUGAAACUGUCGGCCAACAGAUCGUUUUUGUCAGCGCAGGUGGCGGAGUUUUCAAUGUUGAUCGUGACAUAGUCAAUAUGACUAAGCAACGUCUCAUCGAUAUGGGUAUAUCUCUGGAUCUUGUCUGCCUUGGUGAACAAUCACUUCACGCUGUUCCUCUUUUUGUUUUUCAAAGAACAAACGGCAUCUAUCUUUCGGACGAUUAUUUAAUACCGUAUUGGAUGAAUUAUUCAUAUUAUCAAAUGAGCCGACGUUCCGCAAUAUCAAUCAAAUUCAAACCGAGAAUUAAUCUUCCGGAUGAGUUGCUUCGGGAUGCUCGCAGAGGUCUGGUUAUGGAGACGAAUGGUUCAUUUAUUAAUGAUAUGGAUGCUGCCGAUGAGAAGGCGUUUUCAUCACUUAUUGAAAACAGUUCUAUGAAAAGUAUCGCAUCAGAGUUCGCAAAAGAGUUUUUGUUGAAGAAAAACUUGAAUUGCAGGGACAUCAUAUUUGAGACACAUCAUGGAAUGGACAGUUCAUGGCGAAAUAGCUUCGAGAAAUGUGUUGCAAGUAGCCCUCUUGAACCUGAUUCACUGGUGGAUCCACUGGAAUGUAAAAAAUUACAAGAUACACUGACUGUGACUGAAAGACGUCCGUUAAUUAACCCAUUUAAACCGGGAGAAUUUAGUGUACCAAUCACAGCUAACCGACGUCGUUGGAUUCAUGUGUUUCCGGUAGACAAACUCGGCCGUUCAAAAUUGGCGCAUCAUUAUGUAGCCGGUAAAAGUGUCGUUAAUAUCAUACAGGUUGAUGAGCCAGAACCGAGUGAAACAACUGUUAGUGUUAACAGUUCCCCAUCGUGUAGGUCGUCCUCUGCUCAACUUUUUGAAGAUGUUGGCAGGGUUACAGGGCUGGGAGCAGGAGGAAAGAGAUGCGUUUGGGCUUGGGGUUCAACUGGUGAAGAGAAAUGGAAUCCAGAUAUGGAAAUUGGUGUUGACUGGAAAUCGCUUAUACGUGCAGCUCUUCUUCCAUUAACUACCGAUUUUUUUUCGGAUAGACGCAGUAUGUUUGCAGACUAUACAAAAAAAUCCCACCAGCUGCCGGUGUAUUUCGAUUCGGUGCGUGAAUGGUUGGAAGAUUCGAACUGUGAUGAUUUAGAAUCCCUUCAGAAUCUUGUCUUUGACCAGCUUGUUUAUCAGCGAUUACAACGUGGCUUUCAAAUAGUUCUUCUGGAUAAAAAGAUGUUACAUGCAGCUAUUGGCGCUAAUGAAGAGCACUCAGAAACAGAAUGUACGAAUAUGGUUUCUCGAGAAUGUUUUUUAUCAUUUAAUCGAAUUUAUCACCGUUUGUAUAUGGUAAACGAUAAAAUAACUGUUAGCCAAUUUUCACCAAGACUUGAGGAACCUCAAGAAACACCUGAAGCAGCUAAACGAAGGGAAUAUAGAUAUCUGUUCCAAACACCGGACAGUCCUCAAUAUACUUUAUGUAAUGCAAGAUUUCAAAAAUGUGACCAUUCAAAUCUGAAUUGGAGCCUUCUUGACAUAGAACUGCAGAAUCGUUAUGUUCCACGGUUAUUCCGAGAGGAUAUGAAAUGUUUUGCAUCGAGGUUUUUAUUAACACCACUGUGUGCUUUUAUAACGAAGACAAUUAUAAUUGAACGUAAUGGUGGUGAUAAGUAUAUGGAACUUUUUGAUCCAUCAUUCUCCAGAAGGCAAGAAGAAGGAUUUUUGAAGUUUCUUGAAGUGUUAAAUCGAUUCAGAAGGAAAACUUCACCAAGGCACAGGAGGUCAAUGGUCUCAACGAGCGAUGUAGAAAGUCCAAUAUAUAGCGUUGAGAAUGUUGAUGCUUUGUUAAAUGGUUGGCGUCAAAGCUAUUUGCCACUUUAUUCGCAGGAUUCCACCAGUCGAUUUCCGUCGUGCAUGUUUCUGACAGUAGAAUUUAUUGCCUGGCUAAUGGCUAAUGUUUCCGAAUUAUCGAGUCGAGAAGCUGCUCUGGAAUUUGCGGAAAGCUUAAUUUCAGCUGGAAAGAUACGGAUGCUUCAACCGAUUGAAACAUUAGAUGAUCUGGAUUCUUCUAUGUCGAAUGAAAAUCACUGGCAUGAAUUUCGUUGCGGUUUCUUCUUGUGUUACUUUGUGAAUAAAUAUGUUUCGGAUGACAAAAUAGAAGAAAGAGAAGCUUGGUCACGAGUUAUUCAGUGUGAAAUUGGUAAAAAGUGUCCGGGUCUCACAUCAGUCGAUUGUACAUAUAGGCUGAAUUCUAUAGAAAUGAAGUUUUAUGCGCAGUUACAAAAAACAGCUGACUCUGAAGGACAUGAAUAUCUUCCACAACAUGUGUUGCAAUUCAUGGAAUGGGGCAAAGUUUUUUAUGAAAGAACAUUUUGUGCCACAAAAUCUUUCGAAAUUGGAGUUCGGUGGUUUAUGGCAAACAGUCAGACGGUAGCGGAAACUGUGCGUUACUGGUGCAGCAAAGCGGCUAACCUUUCUUUUCAUAUGUUUCCAGUGCCCGAGGAUCCCUUUCCACAUGCCUUGAACCCUCUUUCACCACCACUUCAGUGUCCUGUAAUCAUACCUUUCAGACCGAUUAAAGUUCAAUCGCAUUAUAUCUGUCGACUUAUUACUGCCAUAAUCACAGCUUUUGGAUUCAUCGAAAUGGGUUGUUCAGCACACCAGAUACCACAAUACGUUCAUCUUACAGGCGGGAUGUUUUUGAUGUAUGAUGAAGUACGGCAGGUAUUUGUUUGGUCGUGGAAUCAUAUGCUCAGCCAUCGAUAUCGCGCUAACUUGAAUUGCUCGGAAGACUUUCAGGACUAUAUGCUCUCGGAUUUUCGAUCGUUUUGUAGCAAUGCGGAUAAUCGUAUUGACAAUUAUAUUCAUGAUUUGCUUGAUAAUAAAUAA